AUGCCGCUACGCUCCACUCGAGUGCAUGAUAGUAGUAGUAGUAAUUGUAGCGUCCGCUCGUACACCUCGUCGAGCGGAGAGGCCCGCGCUACCUGCUACGCCGUAAGCCUUCGCGAUACGGCGGUCAACGGCUUCCACUACAGCACUACGGGGGCCGCCGGGGGAAUCCCAUCACCCCCUUCAAGUCCCCCCCUCGCCGCCAGCAACACUCUGCAGAGUAAGGCGCGCAGAGGGGGGGCAGCAUACACCAUCGCGGUUGAGUGUGAGAGACUCUUCUGCGAGACACUGCGGUCUGUUUUCCUGGGUGAGGGGAAUCAGCGCCAGCAGGACUCGCUUGUGGUGGGUGUGCUUAACAACAACGAUCAGUACGCAGCACCCGACUACGGCACGCCCGGCUCGGUGCAGGAGGUCGCGGCUGGCUCUGGUAACAAGAGCAUCGUGACAGACUGUAUUGAGAUGUGGGAUUAUGUCGGCGGGAUACGCUUCCGUGGGUUUGUUGCGGAGAAGCGGGAUGAGAAGGCCAUGUUCGUCUUCUUUGAUCAGGCGGUUAUGCAGUCCUCUGGAGAUCUGAAGGCUGGCCUCAUGGCCCUCCUCGAGCUCUGCGAAGUACCCUACUUCAGCUGCGACCGCCUUGUCGUAGCGCUCGACCGCACCGCCGAUUCGACAUCUCUGAUGAAGGAUCUUGGCUGGAUCGGCUUUGGGCUCACGACGCUCGAUGACUUCGUGCCGGACGAGGAUAUCGAGGCCGAGGUUACUAGCCAGCAGUGGCUGUUCAUGGAGACGGAGACAUAG